AUGACUGACGCAGAUCAGGUGUGUGUGUGCGGGCAGCUGCGGUCGUUGGCGAUGGCCAGCGACGUUCAGGUGCAGGGCGGUCAACGGGACGCGGGUCGCGACGGCUGGAAGUGCGCUUGCAUGCCGCUGUGCUUCGCAUCGCGAGGACCAUCCAGUGUUCGUAGCAGCCUCAAGGCUUGUUCUGCCGAGGGAAGGGUUCACAGGCAGCCAUUGAGCCACGAACGCACCGGUAAUACCCCGUGUUGUACUUCUAGUAGGCGAAAGAGACCUGCGGGGACCGUGAUGGCGGCGCGCGGGGCACGCCAGGCAGCGGAGAGCGCUGGCAAGUGCUUGAGUGUGCAGUCACACGUCGUUUCGGGUUAUGUUGGCAACAGAUGCGCUAUAUUCACUCUUCAGAUGCUUGGCCUCGACGCUGACGCCGUCAACACCGUGCAGCUGUCCAACCACACGGGAUACCCUUCCUUCAAAGGAUCGUUCCUCUCCGCCAGCGACCUAGACGCCCUGGCCGCGGGCCUCGACGACAGCGGCCUGCUGGGCCGCUACACGCACAUGCUGAGCGGCUUCGUGCGUGGUGCCCCGCUGCUGGCCCGCGUCGCAGCCCUCGCGAAGGACGUCAAGGCCAAGACGCCCUCCCUGACGUACCUCUGCGACCCCGUCAUGGGCGACGCGGGCCGCCUAUAUGUGGAGCAAGAGAUGAUUGACAUCUACCGCACGCAGGUCGUGCCGCACGCCACCAUCGUGACGCCGAACCAGUUCGAGGCCGAGCUCCUCACGAACACCAAGGUCACCAGCGAGGACACCGCCUGGGCCGCCGCCGACCAGCUCCACCGCAUGGGCCCCACCACCGUCAUCCUCACCUCGCUCGACGAGGCCGUCGCCGGGACGGAGAAGAUCGUCGUGCUCGGGUCCCGGACGCCACCCGACGGCGGCGCCCCGCAGCGCGUCCGCGCAGAGGUCCCGCGCGUCCGCAGCUACUUCACGGGCACAGGCGACCUGCUCGCCGCGCUGCUGCUUGCGCGGCUCUCGGAGGCGCCGGCGGACGCGGAGGGCCUCGCGGCGGCGCUCGGACUCGCGCUGGGGUCGCUGCAGGCCGUCGUGAGGGAGACGGCGGCGGCGGCGGGCGAGGCGGCGCUGGCCGGGGAGCGCACAGCCGCCAACUCUGCCGCCAGGGAGUUGCGCUUGGUGCAGUGCCGGGCGUGGCUGGCGGAGCCGCCCGAGGUGGUGCCCGUGACGGUGGUGUCGUGA